CUAACACAUUUGCUUUAAAUAGGAGUAACAGAAAUACAUGGUGUUGAAAUAAAGCAAAGUAAUCAGGUGGAAAACCUUUCCAUGAUUUUUUUAUGUUCAUCCAAAGAGGUAUUUUAUUUCAGUGUAUUGCUCCCAACCAGAAAAGGAAUCAGACCAGAAGAUACUUAAUUAUACUUAUCUACCAACCCUGAAUAGAAGUAUCUAGUUUACAUACUUUAACAUUAGAUUAUUUUUCUUCUUUUGCCCUUUCCUUUAGUUUCUUAUUUUGUAACAUGCAACCCACAAAAACAGGUUAAUAAAUUUAUACUAUAUAUAUAUAUAUGUAUAUGAAGUUGGGCCUAAUCAGAAGAUUCUAAAUUCGAGGGAAUCCAGGUGUGAGCAACAACAGAACACACAGUGUCUACAAGAAAAGAGCAACAUUUAAUAUAAUAAACAAUUGUGGAUCCACAUUUAAAACAGACAAACAAAUACUGCGCGCUUUUAAAAAAUAAUUAAUAAAUAAAUUGAAUACUUCAGUCUCCAAUGCAUCAAUUGUUCAGUCUCAAAGUCUCUCAGUUGGUGACCAGUCGGGUCACUAUCUACCCAUGUGCCUGGUCCUCUGGGCUGGGGCUCGCCAUCCAGGUUCAGGAGAAGAGGGUCUUGGAAUCUCUGGCCCUCCAGGCCAAAAGUGUAUCAUAAAAGCUCAAAAAAAAAAAAAAAAAACCUGACCUAUAACAAGGCCAAAGUAAAACAUCUUAGCACAUAAGAUGCCAGCAUCACUAAAACUUAAGCUAUAUUUAAUCAUAUCUCAAGUCCUUCUUAUUUUUUUUCUUUCAUGUUGUACAACAAGUUAACAGAAUACAAAUUUUCCAACAUAUUAGUAAAACUAAAGAGAUUAGCUUAUAUGUGUCAAAAAAAAGAAUAUAAUAUACAGCCAAUUUUCACCAAAUUUUCUUAACCAACUGCCGAGCGCGUGCGAUGACUCACCGAUGCUCCGAGCCGUCAACGGUUAUUUUUCGGGCUUCAGUUGUUCAUGGGGAAAACCCUCAGAGAUCUAAUAAAACCGAAUUUAGUAUUUUGAAUUAUAUAUUUAGUGAAUUUCUAUUAAUAUUGUUUUCCUUGGGCUACCAAUUUCCAGAUUCGUCAAUUUCUUACUAGCUCUUUACGGAAACGACCGUCAGCUGUUAGCUCUCAAGCCUGUCUGCCGCGCUCCGAACGAAACAACCGCCAGCUGUUGAAAAGGGGCGGGACGAUCAACCCCAUUGGCCGACGCGAAAACAGACCGCGCCAGCCAUUGGCUGCAUAAUCUGUCAAUAGAAGCUAACACUAAAGGCAUAUUUCACAUUUUUGAAGAUUAACUUUAUUACCUUUUAGCUCUUGUGGCAGAAUAAGACAUUAAAUCAACAUCUAUUAUUUUUUUAUUUUUUUGUGUGUUUUUAAACACUGGGUUACAAUUUCCCUUUAAUUCCUGUAAAGCAUUUUGUAUUGCCUUGUUGCUGAAAAUGUGCAAUAUAAAUAAAAUUACCUUGACCUUUACCUUUUGAACAAACAAAAUGCAUUUGCAGUGUUUGUCGAGAAGAGAAGCAGCAGCUCUGAGAAGGCGGAGUUUUGUAUUAAACAUAAAUUCGAUUUUAACUGGACACCAACAGAAAGUGAAGUCGUCACCACCAGCACAACUCUGCAAGGUAAGCUGUAGCUUUGCUGGCAUCGAGUUUCAGAUUAACAUCUUACCUUAUUGUAAACUCAGAUUUGUAUUGUCGUCUUUGAAAACAGAAGGAAAGUUUCCUCAAAUUUAAUGACGCUCCUUCAAAAGACAUGCCAUCCAAGUCAACUGCAAUGCAGGCUUGGUGGCAGGUGAGGGUGGGAGCUUGGAAAUGUUGAUUCCCAGGGUCACAUCAUGACAACGGGACAUCGAAUGUCACAUCACUGGCAGUGAAAGAGAUGGCAUUGUCUGGAAGGCCUUGUGUACAAAGACGUGCAUGGAUUCCUUGCUUUAACAUUACCUGUGUUUCCAUCCCAAAUGUGUGAAAAACACUGUCAAUAUUACGCUAAUAUAUAUAAAAACAUAAUUAAAAAUACAUAAAUUCACAAAUGUUUCCAUUAAAUGAGAAACGUACCUAAAAUCACAUGUGAAUAAGUCUGUAACUACAGAUAAUAUCGCACCAUGAUCCUCCAACCACUUCCUGUCAUCUACUUCUUUGUGCUUUCCACCAGCAGCAGCUUCCCCACAGUUAAAUAAUAUGUUAUUUUUGCGCCACACUCACAUCUGCGUAUCUACACAUCCUCCGCAGCAAGUGGGAAGAGUGAAGAAUUUAACUCCAUGGACAAGUGUCUCACAAGUGCUGCACCUCAAAUGAAAAUCAACGUUAACCCAGAAGUAAAACCAAAGGUCAACAUCAACCCACCUGAGCAGCGGGAUGUAAACCUCAACCAAAGGCGUUUUAACACUCCAAAUGUCGCUCUUCACUGCUGCUUUACGUUUUCUACAAGAAUGGUGGCAAAAGAACAGGUCCGUUCAUACUACAAGACCGGUUCCCACUGCUCAAAGUCUGCAGUCUUGUUCGUCAUGACGUCAGGGAGUUACAUCUGUGUGAAUCCAAAGCUCUUCUGGGUCCAGAGGAUCACGAAGGAUCUAGACAAAAAAAGAUUUUAAAGACACCAAGAGCCCAUUGUUUUAUUAUUUUUUAUUUGUUUGCUCACAGUGGAGAUGAUGAUUAUUUUAUGCGCUGAGGACUUUGUCUGUUUGUGCAUGUCAAAAAACAACUGACAGCCUCUAACUUUAAUUGUGGUUUCUCAUUUUUUGGAAAGACACAAAAUAUCAACACAAAGUCCAAAACAGAAGAAGAAGAAGAAGAAGAAAAGUCAGAUUAGAUCAAAAUUACAAACAGCCUUGCAUGGCAUUGAGAAUGUUAUUUGCUAAACCCUAAAAAAACACAAGUUGUAACUUGGUCAAUGUAUAAAGGAAGGGAUUCCUUGUAUGGAUUAUUAAAAUCAGUUUUUGUCCACUUGUCUUUACAGAAACUGUAUUAAUAAUAACGUUAUUAAUACAGUUGGUUAUUCUGUUGCAGACUCUGCUUCAGCUCCCUGCACAGUUUCAGUAGGUUUAAGAUUAACCUACUACUUCAAACUGCCAACUGCACAAACAGUGGUUGUAAUUUAAUGUGUAAACACUUUAUUCUAUAAUCCAAAAUAUCUGUAAACUUUCUUUCUAAUUGUUCUGCUGUUCCAAUUUUUCCUGUUGUUCAAAACAGCCUCUGCUCCACUUUGGCAAAUCUAACAGUGACAGGAAUCUGGAUUUCAUAAAAAUGAACGUUGAUCUGUUUAAAAUGUUCAUAGAAACAGGAAGAUUAUAGGAAAAAAAUGAACAUUUAACUCCAGAAGAACACAGAUUGACAUAAUUGUAUGGCUGUUGAGUCUUUUGAGUUUUGAAUCUCUGGCACAAACUGAGAUGAGCUCAAUCAACAUUCGCAGAAUAAAAAAACAAAAAACAACACACAAUCAGCAAUAAAAUCUCCAUUCAAAAUGGCGUCCUCCACUUUGUCCUGAAAUCUCACGGAGGUAUUUGGGUGUGAGUGAUCUUCAAAGUGACCUAUUUGCCGAUGAUAUUAUAAUAUACUCGAUGAAUCUGACAAAUUCUUUAACUCAAUUAAAUGGAAACUUGGUCUUUCUGCAAACAGAAAGGCCCCAGUCUGGGAUUUGAACCCAGAACCUUAUUGCAUGACAGUGGUGCUAUCACUAUGCAGCCAACAAUAAAAUAAAAUAAAAUAAAAAAUGCAUUAAUUUACCUUUAGCAGCCGGAGUGAUGAAUCAAAUGAGCUAUCGUCACUCUGGGCUGACUCUGAUGGUACUUCUGUUCAUAUGAGUUCAUACUAAAUCUUUUUAUUCUGUUUUAAUUACAAAUCUUCACAGGAACAACCAAAUAAGGUCAGCCUGGAAGGUGUACCAGCAGAUUCUUUAUCAGCUUUCGUUUCCUUCCUUACUUGCUUCUGGGCAAUCAGAUUAUGAUUGUCCGUCGUAAAUUACACUCCAUGUUGCAAAACCGAAGCCAGUGAGUCUGAUCAGAGCCUGAAAGGUUGAAUCAACAUCCAGGUGAUCAGGAUGGUUCCCUUCUUCUUCAUUCACCUGCUACUGAUGGCUCUGCUGCUCCAACACACUGAAGAAAAGAAGGAACAGAGGAGACAGAAGCCACCGAAACAUGAUGAAGUGUUGCAUCAUCAAGAGUUUUGCUUGAGUAUUCCUGCAGCUCCUCAGUCGAUCGGUUUGCAUUUUGAACCCCCACAGCCUACAAAGCUGGCAUCCAAACCCAAACCAACUGGAGAUCCCAAUAGUCCCAAACUGGACAUACCCAGACAAGCAAAUGGUAAAGAAAACUAUCGAUCUUCUGGUGUUCCUGAAAGAGCACCAAUAAUCCCCUUCAGUCCUUUGCGGGGUCCAGUCUUGAGUAUUCCUGAAGCUCCUCCAGUCGGAUGUUACUGCAAAGGGAAAAACACGAAGCUGUUCACUAAGACCAACCAAGUCAGAAGGCUGACCAUACAAUAUCCCACUGAAACCUGCAGAUCAACUGAAUACAUUGAAAUUUUAGAAGACGGGACUUAUGUUUGUGUAAAGCAGUUCAACUUCUUUUUGGCUCAUUUUCUUCGGUCUCCGUCCAAACAAGUACCAGAGCAAAGGCCAACAGAAUCAGCUGAGAUCUCAUCUACCACACAUCAGAGCACAACUGCAGAGACAACCACCCCGACACACCUGGUAAAAGGAACCAAUGGGCCACCAGACUUAAGUAUCAAUUAUGGACCGGCUCCAGGUGAAGAUCAAGACCAACUACGAGAGGUACCCCUUCUGGUUAAGGUUGAAAAUGUAAGGAUCAUUGAUCAUGGCAUCUCAGGUAAAAGCUAUAUUUUCUAUGGAUUGUUUGUAGUGACUUUGGUAAAAAACAAACAACAAAAAUAA